AUGAGCAAAUGGCAAUGGAAAGACUACCGGCGUCAAGACAGCUGGUCAGUGAAGCAAAGUUGGAAGAGUCGGGACUACAGUGACUACAACAAGCAGUGGCGCAGAAGCCACAGUUGGAGCGACUCUUCAUGGCAAGACGGCGACAGCGAGGUGCAAGACUCUGUCCAUCGCCCCGUGCGAAGUGCUGACGAUCUGGGCCAAGAAUACGUGAUCCAUGGCACCUUCUUGCCUGCCUGGCUGAAGAUUCGCACUGAAGGACUGAAGACGAUGGACGGCGAGUAUAUCCACAUGUGCCUUGGGUUGCCAGGAAAAGGAGCGAUGAGCGAAAUUCGAAAGGAUUGUGAUGUCGCCGUGUUCAUCGACAUCAUCCGCGCCAUCCAAGCGGGCAUCAAGUUCUGGCAGUCCAGCAAUGGAGUGAUCCUAACCAACGGUGAAGGCAACUCUCAGACAGUGCGCCCCGAGUUCUUCUUGAGGGUGCUGUGGUUGGGACCUGGUGGCCAGCAGCUUGUGAUUUUCGACAAAUAUGGGGAUCAGACAGAUACCAACCGAAAAGAUGACAAGGACUUCAAUGCAGCCCUACAAAAGGCAGAGUGGGCAGAGCAUGGAGCAACUCAGAAUGGAGCAACUCGGAAGGGCAGGCCUGACACUGGAGGCAUGCGGCCCUCUGAGCCCGAAGCGCCACCCAAGCAAUGCAGACCAAACCCUCCAACCCCACCACAGCCACCUUCCGCAUCCCGGGACCAUGAUGCACGAUGGUGGACAGAAGCAUCAAUGGUAUCCGAGGACGUGCACUAUCGUUCAUCUAUGCGAGAUGAGCAGGCAAGUGGCGGCUCCGGAUAUGGCAAUCGGAAGGGAUGGCAGAAGGAUUGGAGUUGGGAAGACAAACAUCUCUCACAUCGCCCGAACUCUCAGCCUAGCACGGAAGGGUCUACUUCAGCUCCGCUUGCUUCGCUUGCUUUGGGACAGGAUCCAAAGCGGGUGAACGCGGAAGAGAGGGACAGAUCCGUGGAGCAAGGCCAGGCUUUGCAGUGGAAGGCCCAGGAUGAGCUCAAUCAGGCUUGGCCACAUCGAAACUCCAACUCCUAUGUGGAGGCAGGUCAUGAAACCUUGGGGUACCUCUGUGCCUGACGCGAUCUACUUUAGUCUCC